AUGGGACCAGUUCUCCAAGAAGCUGCUUCCAGACAUCCACAGAGUGCAGAAGUACAUCUUGCCCUUGCAAAGUGUCUCCUCGCUCAGGGUGACAAUGACAGUGCUCUAGGAUCUCUGGCAAACUUUGUGGAAGCCUUCUUCAAUGUAGAAGACUCGUCUGAGGAACACACACCACAAAGACUCUACAGCACGCUGCUUGGUCAGACCCUACCACUGGGCUACACACCACCACCUUAUACUGAUGGGGUGGACCAUUCUACUGUGAGGGGGGAGCAGCUCCAUCUCUACCUUAACUACAGUUUGCUGCUGGACUUGCAAGGUGACAGUGUGGGCUCAGCUGAGGUUUUUGAAUCUGCCAUCUGUAGCCUUACCUCCACCAGAGAAGUACAGACUGUCUGGAUACAAUACUUGAAACACCACCUGUCAAGGUUACAGUCCAGCCAGAACAAGAUGGACGCCACCAAGACCCUGAGAGAGCUGACCAAUCGCUGCCUUGUUUCCAUGCCGACCAGUUUCCCUCGGCAACACGGGCGGGGCCACUGGCAGGACUACAGCUUCCACAACAAGGUCGUUGACCUCUUCAUGGGCUGUCUGGAGAAGGGUCAAAGGUCGGCUGCCUACGAGAACUUCCUACGCAUGAUGCCGAACAACGUGAAUCUGAACUUGAGGGCUGUGGAGCAUGCGUUUGCCACAGAUGAUGUCCAGCUGGCCCGCAGUCUCCUAGCAACAGUUGCCGGGGAACAGCCACGCCCUGUCGGACUCUGGCAACUUGCUGUCCACCUGCACCUACUGGACGGUAACAUCAACAAGGUGUCCAGACUCUACAAGCAGGCAACCAGGCUGCUGCCCCAUCAUGCAACACUCUGGAAAGACUAUAUCCUUUUCGAGGCCGUCUACGGUGGGAAGGAGGAAAGAGUAAACGCAAUCGUCAGUCGCUGUCGCCAAAAUGGAGUCAACAUUGAGGAGUAUCUGGCCACCAUCUUUAAGUCUUCCACCGCGUCUUCCAAGUCGUGA